AUGGCGCCGAUUUGUACAACACCAGACGCCUCCAACGGCAACCACGAGAAAGCCGUGGACCAAAAUGAGGCCGAGAACCAGGGAGGCGGCCACGACCAGGAGGCAAACAAGAAAACUUCCGCUUUCAAGUCCCUUGGGUUAUUGGACCGCUUCCUCGCCGUUUGGAUAUUCUUGGCAAUGCUCAUUGGGAUCCUACUGGGCAAUUUUGUGCCUGAGACGGGCCCUGCUCUGGAGAAGGGCAAAUUUGUCGGCGUCUCCGUUCCUAUAGCUGUUGGGUUGCUCGUUAUGAUGUAUCCGAUCCUCUGUAAGGUACGAUACGAAUCUUUACAUGAGAUCUUGGCACAUAACGACGUCUGGGAGCAAAUACUGUUCAGCAUCAUUAUGAAUUGGAUUAUAGCCCCUUUUCUCAUGCUUGGGCUAUCGUGGGCUUUCCUACCUGACGAGAGCGGACUACGUGCCGGUUUAAUUUUGGUUGGCUUAGGGAGAUGCAUUGCAAUGGUCUUAAUCUGGACCGGCCUUGCUGGUGGCGAUGGAGAGUAUUGCGCUAUCCUUGUUGCCAUCAAUUCUCUUCUCCAGAUGGUUCUCUUUGCACCAUUGGCAAUUUUCUUCAUCCGCGUCAUCAGCCACGAUCCAAAUGCGGUCAAUGUGUCAUACUCAGUGGUUGCGACGAGUGUUGCCGUAUUUCUGGGUGUCCCCCUUGGCGCAGCCAUCCUCACCCGGUUCACGUUACGGCGGCUGUUUGGGCCCGACUGGUAUGCGCAGACAUUCCUGAGGUUCGCCUCACCCUGGUCACUGAUAGGGCUGCUUUACACCAUCCUUGUACUCUUUGCCUCGCAGGGUCGCCAGGUCGUUCAUCAGAUCGUCUCUGUCAUCCGGGUAGCUGCACCAUUGAUUGUCUACUUCAUGGUCAUCUUCUUCCUGACGCUUGUAAUAGCACGGCGACUCGGCUUUGGGUAUGCCCUUGCAACGACCCAGAGUUUUACUGCUGCGAGCAACAACUUUGAGCUUGCCAUCGCCGUGGCGGUCGCCACCUUUGGACCAGACAGUGACCAGGCGCUGGCAUCAACAGUUGGGCCACUUAUUGAAGUGCCGGUGUUGUUGGGAUUGGUGUAUGUUGUGAAGUUGAUCGGAAAGCGAUACAGGUGGGAGUAG